AUGAAUUGGAAAACCAUUUCUUUGUGCUUGUGCAUUUAUGGCGUUUUAAAAGAGUUCCGUCCAUCAGAAUCUUAUUUCAUUCCUUAUUUACUAAGUCCAAGGAUGAAUUUUACUGAAGAACAGGUUAAUAAUGAAAUCCUUUCUAUUGGUGUCUAUGCUUCAAUGAUAUUUAUGAUUUUUGUUUCUUUAACAACUGACUGGCUGAGAUAUAAAAUUGUAAUUGUUAUCCAAGCGUUAUGCGGUGUUUGUAUUUAUGCUCUGUUAUCCAUAUUUACAAGUUUUACAUCUAUUGUUGCAGUUGAAAUUUUGUAUGGUUUGUUUGUUGCUACAGAAGUUGCAUACUACACAUAUACAUAUUCUGUUGUGAAUGUGAAAUAUUACCAGAAAGUUACUAGUUACACAAGAGCUGCACAUCUUAUAGGGCGUUUCUUUUCAGGAUUUCUUUCUCAAGUGUUUAUUUCAACCAAAUUAUUUGAUACAUAUCAAUUAAAUUUUCUCACAUUAGGAAGUCUGACAGCUGCAAUGAUGUGGACUAUAACAUUACCAGCUGUAAAACGAAGUGAGCCUAAGUCAGAAAGUCAGAAAAUGAAUGUAAUAGAUAGAGCAUUAGAAACAAAAUUAGAAGAUGAAGAUAAUGAUUUAGCUGAAAAUAGUACAGAACAUAGCAAGAUGUCAUGGAAAUAUGUUAAGUCCAUGUGUAAAGAGUAUAAGAGUUUGUAUAUUUUGAAAUGGUCAUUUUGGGUGAUAACUGCAACUUGUUGUUUUAAUCAAGUUUUGUAUUAUAUUCAAUCAUUGUGGGAAUCUUUGAGCAAUGAUGAAUGCCUUCAGAGUAGUAUUAAUAAUUGUACUAAAACUUCAGAAUGGAAUGGAGCUGUUGAUGCUGUUUAUACAAUAAUAAGUACAUUUAUUACAUUUUUAUGUGGUUCGAUUAAAUUGAAUAUGGAGAAAUAUAGUAAUUUACUUAUUAUAGUAACAUCUUUUAUCCAAUUUGCUGCUCUUUAUAUAUCAGUUACAUAUAGCUCAAUCUAUGUAUCAUAUAUUAACUAUAUAAUUUAUUGCGCAAUUUAUCAAGGGAUGAUGACCAUUGCCAGCUCUGAAAUAGCGAAGUGUGUCAAUAAAGAUAAUCAUGGAUUUGUGUUUGGUGUUAAUAACUUAUUAGCUGCAACUUUACAAUCAUUAGCUACAUUUUUCAUGACUUUAUGUGGUUUGUCAUCAUCGUCUAAAAUUUUGUUUGAAUGGUAUGCUAUAUUUUGUUUAGUAAUUGGAGUAUGUUAUUUAUUUUUAUCAAUUUUACAAGUCGUUAAGAAGUAA